CCGAGCCCCGAGUUUUCCCUGGGCGUGUUGGUGCUGCUGGCCUUCCUCAUGGCAUUGCUGGCUCUGGUCACCAUCCUCGGAAACGUCCUGGUGAUCCUUGCUUUCAUCAUGGACAGAAACCUCCGGCACCGGAGUAACUAUUACUUUCUCAACCUUGCCAUUUCUGACUUUGCAGUGGGUGCAUUCUGCAUACCUCUCUACAUCCCUUACUGCCUGACGGGGAAAUGGCUCUUGGGAAGAGGCAUCUGCAAGCUCUGGCUAGCUCUGGACUAUCUCCUGUGCACAGCUUCAGUAUUUAACAUUGUUCUUAUCAGCUACGACCGUUUUCUGUCAGUUACUAAAGCUGUAUCCUACAGAGCCCAGCCAAGAACAACAUCCAACCCUGUCAUCAAGAUGGUGGCCAUCUGGGUCUUUGCCUUCCUCCUCUACUGCCCAGCAAUCCUCUUCUGGGAGCAUGUGGCCGGAUACAGCGUGGUAGCGGCCGAUCAGUGCCACGCCGAGUUCUUCGACAACUGGUACUUCCUCCUGUGUGCUUCCACCCUGGAGUUCUUUGUGCCGCUGCUCUCGGUGACCUACUUCAACGUGCACAUCUUCCACAACAUCCAGAGGCGCCAGCGGCACGGGAGCACACAGGACUACCAGCCUGCAAGGCGUGACAGCCUCUCAUGGAGAUUUUGCCUCUCACCGAGGCUGGGAACGUUUUCUCCUUCAUCGGAAGCAGAGGACAGUGUUUCCUCCUCCACAAGGCCAAAGAAAGAGUCUUUGGUAACUGAGAGCUCAUCUCCAUCCAGAGGCGGUUCUAUCACCCCUGCAAAUGACUUCUCUAUUUCUUUCUGUGCAAGGACCAGGUCAAAACUGCAGCAGGACAAAAAAAUAGCAAAGUCACUUGCCAUAAUUGUGUGUGCGUUUGCCAUUUGCUGGGCCCCAUACACUUUGCUAAUGAUUAUUCGUGGGGCCUGCAAAGGAACUUGUGUUCAUAACACCUUGUAUGAAAUAACCUUUUGGCUUUUGUUGAUCAAUUCCUCUCUUAAUCCAUUUCUCUGCCCUCACUGUCAUGUUAAAUUUCGAAUGGCUUUCAUGAAAAUAUUAUGUCCAAAAAAGUUGACACAAAUGAGAUCAGGCUCUUUCUAG